AGAAGGCCUCACGGCAAACGUACAAACUUCCGGUCAGGAAGAUGGCGGCUUCCUAGAACCCUGAGGUUGACUGGCCGGGCUUGCAGAGUGGAACCUGGCGGAGUGACCGCGCGUGAGCUUUGUGUCGCUGUGGUCAAACUUCGAUGCGGCUUGCUGCAGCUCCAGGUUCGUCCUGCUUGAGGAGCUGGGGGCUGCGCAGUCCCGAGGCGCCACCCCGAGAAACCCACAUCCAUUGCACGGUCUGCGACUUGGGCUUCUGCCUCCGCACAGACCUGGUCACCCGAGUCGAGUCCGCGCCCGGCUCUCGUGCAAGAUCCAGUCACCCAGGCGCUGAAGCCUCGGGUGACGGAAACCCAGACACAAGCUCGCCAAAGCCAGCAAGGCAAGUGGGGCGCCCAGGCACACCAGGAUCCAGCGCCCAGAAGCGGUGUGCAGCCGGGGCGUCUCCGCGCAGGCGCCGGCAGCCCCCGAGGAAAGGGAGCUCCCGAGGCCUUCAACUGCAUCUUCGCAGCUCGGCAAACCAAUUAAGUCUUUUCCCUUUUCUGUCUCCCGGAACUCUCAGGAUCCUGGCUUCCGCUAUCCCCUCUCCAUCCAAGCACCUAGGAGCCAUGGAGGUGGCUGAGGCCAAUAGCCCCACUGAGGAGGAGGAAGAAGAGGAGGAGGAGGAAGGGGAGGAGCCGACACUUGAGCCCAGACCUCACACUCGCUCCAACCCUGAGGGGGCCGAGGACCGGGCCCUGGGAGCUCAGGCCAGUGUGGGCAGCCGCAGCGAGGGUGAGGGUGAGGCGGCCAGUGCAGAUGAUGGGGCAGCCAGUGUCCCAGGAGCCGGGCCCAAGCCCUGGCAGGUACCAGCACCAGCACCUGAGGUCCAGAUUCGAACACCACGGGUCAACUGUCCAGAGAAGGUGAUCAUCUGUUUGGAUCUUUCGGAGGAGAUGUCUGUGCCAAAACUGGAGUCCUUUAAUGGCUCCAGGACGAAUGCCCUGAACGUGUCUCAGAAGAUGGUCGAGAUGUUUGUGCGCACCAAGCACAAGAUUGACAAGAGCCACGAGUUUGCCCUGGUCGUAGUGAACGAUGACUCUGCUUGGCUGUCUGGCCUGACCUCUGAUCCACGAGAGCUCUGCAGCUGCCUGUAUGACCUGGAGACAGCGUCCUGCUCCACGUUCAAUCUGGAAGGUCUCUUCAGUCUCAUCCAGCAGAAGACCGAGCUGCCAGUCACAGAGAACGUGCAAACCAUCCCACCCCCCUACGUCGUGCGCACCAUCCUGGUCUACAGCCGCCCGCCCUGCCAGCCCCAAUUCUCCUUGACUGAGCCCAUGAAGAAGAUGUUCCAGUGUCCUUACUUCUUCUUCGACAUCGUGUACAUCCACAAUGGCGCCGAGGAGAAGGAAGAGGAGAUGAGGUGGAAGGACAUGUUCUCCUUCAUGGGCAGCCUGGAUACUAAGGGCACUAGCUAUAAGUAUGAGGUAGCACUGACUGGGCCCGCCCUCGAGCUGCACAACUGCAUGGCCAAGCUGCUGGCCCAUCCGCUGCAGAGGCCCUGCCAGACCCAUGCGAGCUACAGCCUGCUGGAGGACGAGGAGGCCAGUGAGGGAGAAGCCACCGUGUGACCUGUGACAUUUCUGCACCACUCGGGAGCUCUGCACCCACGUCCGCUCCUACUGUGUCCAUUGUAAAUUCAUUCUUUCUGAGACAGUUUGUCACCAGAAUAAAAUCUGAGGCUGCCGAG